GUCGCAGUCGGCGCUUCGAUUGGCAUGGUUAUUACCGCUGGCUCUGCGCGCACAGCAGGGAGAGCGAGAGAGAGCGGCUGAGGCAAAAGCUCCGCAUUAUCUUUUUAACCUCCAUUACAAUAUGGAUACGUUUUGAAUCAACCGAUACAGGUUUUUCUGGAGGGAAUUGGAAACAAACCUGUGGAUGGAUUUUAUUUCUUUGUUUUGUCGCCAAUGCUAAAGGAAAUAUGCAGCAAAGCUUCACCUUGGUGUUUGUCAGUUUCUUGCUCGGAUGUUGUCGUGGUACAAGUUUCCCAAGUAAUAUCAACAUAGGGGGGUUGUUCCCAACCGGCUCUCACGAAUAUGAGGUGUUCCGGUUCGCCCUCUCGCGCCACCAGGACAUCCCCAAGCUGGUACCGCAGGUGGAUAUGGUUGACACCAGCAGUAGCUUCGCCAUGACAUAUGCCUUCUGUUCUCAGUUCUCCAAAGGCGUGUACGCCAUCAUGGGUCUGUAUGACAGGAAGACCAUGAACAUGCUGAUGUCGUUCUGCGGGGCGCUGCACGUGUGUUUUGUCACGCCCUCCUUCCCCAUCGACACCAACAACCAGUUUGUGAUACAGCUUCGACCAGAACUGCAAGAGCCUCUCCUGGCUCUGGUCCAGCACUAUCAGUGGACCCGCUUCACCUACAUGUACAGCUCCGACUCAGGUUUGACCGUGCUCCAGAGGAUCCUGGACAUGGCCUCAGAGAAGACGUGGCUGGUGACGUCGGUGAACUUGGACACGCUGACGGAGGCCUCCUUUCUCAAGGUCAUGCAGGACCUGGAGAACAAGAAGGAUUACCAUGUCAUUCUGGACUGUGAACUGGAGAGACUUAACUCCAUCCUCAACCUGAUUGCUGCUCAAAAGAAGAACCUCAAAAACUACCACUAUAUACUGGCUAAUCUGGGCUUCCUGGAUCUGAACUUCACAGAGUUCCAGAGAGGCGGGGCCAACGUCACAGGCUUCCAGCUAAUGAACUACACAGACCCGCAGGUCAGCGAGGUCAUUCAGGAGUGGCUGGACUUCGACAGCAAGGAUCUCAAACUGGCCAAGAGGAGGCUCAAGUACACCGGAGCUCUGACCUACGACGGUGUCAACAUCAUGGCGACUGCCUUCCAGAACCUACGUAAGCAGCGCAUCGACAUCUCUCGCCGGGGGAAUGCGGGGGAAUGCUUGGCCAAUCCACCAGCCCCCUGGGGUCAGGGCAUCGACAUACAGAGAGCGCUCCAACAGGUGCGUCUGGAAGGCUUAACAGGUCAUGUCCAGUUUGAUGACCGAGGCCAUCGGACCAACUACACUGUCAACGUCAUGGAGCUCAGCCAUACAGGACCUAUGAAGGUGGGCUACUGGAAUGAGGAUGAUGGCUAUGUCAACACAGCUGUUUACGCUCCAGUGGUGGAAGAGAUAUUUGGUCUGCAAAACAGAACCUACAUUGUUACCACCAUUCUGGAGUCCCCUUACGUGAUGCUGAAGAAGAACCAUGACCAGUUUGUGGGCAACGACAAGUACGAGGGCUACUGCGUGGAGCUGGCGGCCGAGAUUGCCAAGCACGUGGGCUACUCCUACCGCCUCCAGGUGGUGGGGGACGGGAAGUACGGGUCCCGCGACACUGACACCAAGAUGUGGAACGGCAUGGUGGGAGAACUGGUGUACGGGAAAGCAGACGUGGCGGUAGCCCCCUUGACCAUCACCCUGGUGAGGGAGGAGGUGAUUGACUUCACCAAGCCCUUCAUGAGCCUGGGCAUCUCCAUCAUGAUCAAGAAGCCCACCAAGUCCAAGCCCGGGGUCUUCUCCUUCCUGGACCCGCUGGCCUAUGAGAUCUGGAUGUGCAUCGUGUUCGCCUACAUCGGCGUCAGCGUGGUCCUCUUCCUUGUCAGCCGCUUCAGCCCCUACGAGUGGCAGGGGGAGGAGUCAGAUGACGAGGGGGAGGGGCCGGAGCAGCUGCCGCACCCCAGGAGGGGCCAAUCGUCUUCCUCAGAACCGGGCUCAGGCCAUUCACAGCAGAACCAGACCCAGCAGGGGGCCACGCCAGAACACACCAAUGAGUUUGGCAUCUUCAACUCCCUGUGGUUCUCUCUGGGCGCCUUCAUGCAGCAAGGCUGUGACAUCUCCCCCCGGUCGUUGUCGGGGCGUAUCGUCGGGGGCGUGUGGUGGUUCUUCACCCUCAUCAUCAUCUCGUCCUACACGGCCAACCUGGCAGCCUUCCUGACGGUGGAGAGGAUGGUGUCUCCCAUCGAGAGCGCCGAGGACCUGGCCAAGCAGACAGAGAUUGCCUACGGCACCCUGGACGGAGGAUCCACCAAGGAGUUCUUCAGGAGGUCAAAGAUUGCCGUGUUUGAGAAGAUGUGGUCGUACAUGAAGUCAGCAGACCCCACCGUGUUCGUCAAGAACACCAACGAGGGGGUCAUACGCGUCAGGAAGUCCAAAGGUCGCUAUGCCUACCUGCUGGAGUCCACCAUGAACGAGUACAUCGAGCAGAGGAAGCCCUGCGACACCAUGAAGGUGGGCGGGAACCUGGACUCCAAAGGUUACGGCGUGGCCACGCCCAAGGGCUCCGCUCUCAGAAACCCAGUAAACCUGGCCGUGUUAAAGCUCAACGAGCAGGGCCUGUUGGACAAAUUGAAAAACAAAUGGUGGUACGACAAAGGAGAGUGCGGAACCGGGGGAGGUGACUCCAAGGACAAGACAAGCGCCCUGAGCCUCAGUAAUGUGGCGGGGGUGUUCUACAUCCUGAUUGGAGGGCUGGGGCUGGCCAUGCUGGUCGCUCUGGUGGAGUUCUGCUACAAGUCUCGUAUAGAGUCACGCAGGAUGAAGGAGAUCAUCGAUGCCGCCAUGCUAAGCUCCACCCUCAGCAGGAUGACAGGCGGCGGGGCCACCGGAGGGGGAGGGGCCGGAGGGGAGAACGGGCGUGUCCUGGCUCACGACUUCCCCAAGGGCCCCCAGACUCUGCCCUGCAUGGGCCAGGGGGGCGGCAUGGGCCUGGCCUCCUCGGGCAUGUGACUGCACCCACCAGGAGCCGCUCCGACCUGGGAAGGGAAGGAGGGACACAGGGGG